AUGUGCCAAUUUGGCAACGAUUCCGAAUCCUAUCCCUUUAUUGGAACCAGUAACCUGAAGGAUGAGAAAACCAUGAAAAACUUACGAAUGCAACCUUCAUAUCCAGGAAACAAGCGGAUUGCGCGAUGCUGUCCAGGUUACGUUGCCACUGACUUGACUGAUCACAAGGGCACGAAAACAAUAGAACAAGGUGCUGACACUCCGUUUUACUUGGCCACUCUUCCAAUUGGUGUGAAGGAACCAAUAAACGAGUUCGUCUCCGACCGUCGCAUUAUUCCCUGGUCAAAAGAUGUGGAGAUCAAAAUCUAAACUUUUGCACCACCCCCUGCAGUCUACCGAU